AUGAGCGUGGAGGUCAAUGUUGCAGAUACGGAAUAUCUGGGCGACCGGUUCGUCUUUGUUGACUGUCCCGGGUCGGUUGAAUUCCUGAGUGAAAUGGACGGAGCGCUCAGCGGCGUCGAUAUGGCGGUCGUUGUGGCGGAGGAUGACGAGCGCAAGGUUCCCGCGCUUCAACUCAUCCUGAAAGCUCUCGAAGCCCGCGCCAUUCCGCGGGUUUUGUUUUUGAACAAGAUCGACAAGAGCAGCCGGCGUGUACGGGAUGUAUUGACCGUUCUGCAACCGGCAUCCGAGGUUCCACUGGUAUUGAGGCAGAUCCCGAUCUGGGAGGACAGCCAGGCGACCGGUUUUAUCGAUUUGGCGCUUGAGCGGGCUCAUGUCUAUCACGAGAAGGAACCCAGCACGGAAAUCGACAUGUCCGAUGAAGACCGGACGCGCGAACACGAAGCCCGCUUUACCAUGCUCGAACAUCUCGCCGAUCACGACGAUGAUCUGAUGGAAGCGCUUCUGGAGGAUAUCGCACCGGAUCGCGACCUCGUUUUUUCCGAUCUGGUCAAGGAAAUGCAGGACGGACUGAUCUGUCCGGUCUUCUUCGGAUCGGCCGAUCACGGCAACGGUGUCAGCCGGCUGUUAAAGGCGCUCCGGCACGAGGCACCCUUCGUCGAUACCCUGUCAAACCGGAUUUUGGAUGACAACAGCCGUGCGGCACUCCAGGUGAUCAAGACCCUGCACACACAGCAUGGUGGCAAGAUUUCCAUUGCACGUGUUCUGGAAGGGCAGGUUUCCGACGGGGACAGCCUCUUCCGCAACGGUCGGGACGAAGUCAAGGUUUCCGGGCUGUUUUCGGUCUUUGGUCAAACUGCCAGCAAAAUCGCAACGGCGGGAAAGGGCGAUCUCGUCGCACUCGGGCGUCUUGAACACGUGGAAACAGGUGAUCUUCUCAGUCAUGAUGAAGGUGCAUUUACCGGGCUUAACUCGCCCGAGCCGCGCAGCCCGGCCCUUGCGACCGCUAUUGAAGCGGUGCAGAGAAAAGAUGAAGUCCGUUUGUCCGCCGCACUGGCCAAGCUCGCGGAAGAAGAUCCAUCUCUGUCCAUCAGCCAGAACCAGACCACGGCAGAAACACUUUUGAAAGGCCAGGGCGAGAUGCAUCUGCGGGUGGCGCAGGAACGUCUGGCAGGCAAGUACGGUCUGGAUGUAUCGGCACAUACGCCGCAUAUCCCCUACGCGGAGACCAUCCGUGCCAGGACAAAGGUUCGGGGGCGCCACAAGAAACAAUCCGGUGGACACGGUCAAUUCGGAGAUGUAGUUCUGGAGAUUUCGCCACUUCCCAGAGGCGAGGGAAUUCAGUUCUCCGACACGAUCACCGGUGGAGUUGUACCCAAACAAUACAUUCCCUCCGUCAGGGAUGGUGCAUUGGAUGCGUUGGGACGCGGCACGUUCGGAUUUCCGGUUGUGGACGUGGCGAUCUGCCUGACCGACGGCUCCUAUCACUCCGUCGACAGUUCGGACCAGGCAUUCAAAAUGGCCGGCGCGCUGGCAAUCCGAGAAGGCUUGCCGGAUUGCAAACCGGUGCUUCUGGAGCCAAUCCACAAAGUGGUUAUCGCCUGCCCCAACGAUGCCACCGCGAGGGUCAAUGCGAUCGUGUCUGCAAGAAGGGGACAACUUCUCGGCUUUGACGCAAGGCCGAACUGGCCAGGUUGGGAUGAGGUGCAGGCGCUGUUGCCGGAAGCAGAAAUCGGCGACCUGAUUAUCGAACUCAGAUCAGCGACGGCCGGCGUUGCCAGUUAUGUAUCGGAAUUCGACCACAUGGCGGAACUUUCCGGCAAGGCUGCCGAACAGGCACUGCAACGCUCGGGCAAGCAGGCCGCAUAG